AGCCGGGAAACCCCGAUGCCACCGAGUCUGCAACUCAAUCCUCCAAACCAGCCAGCGAGAGCAGAGGGCGUAGCUUCGGUGGAGGGGCGUGGCCUCCGCUGGCGGGCGGAGCUAUAACGUGCUGUCCUUCCCUGCUCCAGCGCCAACGGGAUUCCAAGCUUCUCGCUGGCUCGUUCGGCCGUCCAAUCACAUGUCUGCAUCUUCGGGCCGCUCCCUGUGACUCUAAGCCCCCUUCGAGCUUCUAUUGGUCGUAGAGGGCGUCCGUCUGCCAUUAUCCCCGCCCCAAUACGGAAGCGGUGGUGUACUAGGGACCCGAUAGCCGGUGGGGUCUAGGCCAUGGGGCAGCCCUGGGCGGCGGGGAGCGCGGAGGGGGCGCCCGCGCGGCUGCCCCUCGUGCUCACUGCGCUGUGGGCCACGGCUGUGGGCUUGGAGCUGGCCUAUGUGCUAGUUCUGGGUCCCGGGCCACCCCCGCUGGGACCCCUGGCUCGGGCCUUGCAGCUAGUGCUGGCCGCCUUCCAGCUGCUCAACCUGCUGGGCAACGUGGGGCUCUUCCUGCGCUCCGAUCCCAGCAUCCGGGGCGUGAUGCUGGCCGGCCGCGGUCUGGGCCAGGGCUGGGCUUACUGCUACCAGUGCCAAAGCCAGGUGCCACCACGCAGUGGGCAUUGCUCUGCCUGCCGCGUCUGCAUCCUUCGUCGGGAUCACCACUGUCGCCUGCUGGGCCGCUGCGUGGGAUUCCGCAACUACCGGCCCUUCCUGUGCCUGUUGCUUCAUGCUGCGGGUGUCCUGCUCCACGUCUCUGUGCUGCUGGGUCCUGCCCUGUCGGCCCUCCUGCGAGCCCACGCACCCCUCCACAUCGCGGCCCUCCUCCUGCUGCCCUGGCUCAUGCUGCUCACAGGCAGAGUGUCUCUGGCGCAGUUUGCCCUGGCCUUUGUGACCGACACGUGUGUGGCAGGUGCACUGUUGUGCGGGGCUGGGCUGCUCUUCCAUGGGAUGCUGUUGCUGCGGGGCCAGACCACGUGGGAGUGGGCUCGGGGCCAGCACUCUUAUGAUCUGGGCCCUUGCCACAACCUGCAGGCGGCCCUGGGGCCCCGCUGGGUCCUUGUCUGGCUCUGGCCCUUCCUGGCCUCCCCCUUGCCCGGAGACGGGAUCACCUUCCAGACUGCAGCUGAUGUGGGCCUCACAGCCUCCUGACUCCAGGAAGAGCCAGAGCUGUUCGGGAAGAGGGGAGCGGGAGAGGGGGCUCCUAACUCAUCUCAGGCCCAUCCCUAACCUCAGGAGGGGAGGUGCACUGGUACUUAAUGCCUUUUGGCAACUCCAGUCCCAUCCUUGGCCUUGCCCCUGCCCAGCUUGGACUCCAGUGUCCAGGGCUUGGGCCCUGCAGCUCUGCCUCAUUGGCCCUCUGGCAGAGUGGCAGGUUUGGCAAGGGGCUGCUUGGCCAGCCUAGUCACCCCUUUGCCAAGUUAAUAAAGCGCCCACUUGGUUCUUGGACUCCCUCCAUCUUUCUAGGUUUCUGGUUCCUCUCACUGUCAGGCCUGGGACCCACAGAAUGCCUGAGGGCAUGAGGGGCCAGGGCUCUGCCUCCUGUGGCCUUGGUGGGGGCCAGAGCUGGGGCACAGCAGGCCAGGGCUGCAUGUAGGGACCCAGGGAAAGAGAAUGCAACAUUCUUUCCCUGGUUCAGUGCUUUAUAAUUAGAAGCAUCUCCACGACACUCACUGUGCCUCUUUUUGACUAAUCUGGUACCGGAGGCAGCAGUUAUGAGAGUUGAUGGGAUGAGAUCAUGGGGCAGUGAAUGGAGGAGUCAGGAUUUGAACCCAGAUAUUUGUGCUUUCUCCUUCGUCCUUACACAGCUGAGGAAAGUGUGUAGGCAAAACCGAGGCAGAGAAAUCAGGUGGAGAUGUUCAAGCAUCUGAAGGAUGAUGCUCAGAAGGCCAAGCUCUUCCUCUCUGGAGCUACCUGUUAAACAUUUUUAUUUAAAUAUAGUAAAUAGACUUCCUGUUAAAUGUGGCAGGUUUAAACACAUGGGUUUACCUCUGUUUCCUCUUAAAAUCUAAAAUGAGAGUAAAGAAAUAAAACAGGUAUAAAUUUACAAGGAGAGAGAAAGUAGGAGGGAGACAGUAAUAGACCAAAGGACCUGAUGAUGUUUUGAAACAUGGGAAAUGGAUGGAGGCUCAUAAACUCUCUUAGCAGAGAAUUAGAAAUUAAUUAAAUGUUCCUAGAAGGAGGGGCCAAGAAGCAGCCAAAUUGUCCCCCAGAGCCCUGGAGGCUCAGGAACUCUCCUGGCACCAUGAAAGGCAAGGUUUGGGACGGACAGUAGGGGGACUGAUCCAAAGGGCAACUGGGUUGCCCUCCCCCCAGGGCACUCCCUACCCCUGGCAGCCAAGCAGCUAUCCUCCUAGGGUAGAGAUGGGUGCUAUUCGAAGAAGCUUUGGGUCUCAGGGGCACUGGGGGAGGGUGGGGGGGGAGGGGUUGGACCCAAAACGGGGUUAAGUGAAAAAGUCUACAGAUGCUGCCAAGGGUGGGGGGUUGUCAUCCCGUGACACGGCAGGCUUGUCACCCAGGAACCCUCAGAGAAGUCCAUCCUUCUGACAGGCCCUGCCCAUGCCCACAGAGGUUUGAGCUGCUAGGGCUUCGUUUUUUCCAAAUGGCAUGUUCAAGAACUAUUUUGUAACUGUUAGGAAUGUGGUGUGCCUGGCACUCUGUGCUGCUUUACCCCUCCAGAAUACUUUUUUCUUUCCUUUCUUUUUCUUUCUUUCUUCCUUUCUCUUCUUUCUUUCUUUUUUAAUUAAAUAGUAAGGAGAGGCAAGAAGAUAUUUAUAAAAUAAAGAGAAACUCCCUCCCCAGCCCCAUUUAAGAAGAGAUGGAACCCACUUCUUUGAAGUCCCCGCUGUGCCCUCCCUGGUCGAGAAAACACUGUGCUGUCUUCACCAUUCCCUUGCUUUGCCUUGUAAUUGCAUUACCUAGGUCUGUAUCGGUUUUGCAUGUUUUUGAAUUUUAUAUAAAUGGAAUCAUACCGUUUAUUCAGUCACUCAGUAUUAUGUUUCUGAGAUUUAUCCAAAUCAAUGUGUAUAGCUGUGGGGCAUUCCUUUUCCUUGCUGGAUAGUGAGCCACUGAAUCUACCGCAAUUUAUUUGUCCCAUUUUGUCUCACGGGUCAUUUUAUCUGCCCCUGUUGUGUGACUCCCUAAGAUCCAUCCGUGGUCCUUGCUCUUCCACAUAAAUUUUAGAAUCCACUUGUUAAGUUCCACCAAUAAAAAUCCCUUUGAGAUUGUGAAUGGAACCCAACUGAAUUUACAGAUCGGUUUGGGGAAAAUCAGCAUCUAUAUGAAAUUGCAUUUUUCAGUCAUGAACAUGGUGUAUCUAUUAGAUGUUUUCAAUAAAAUUAUAUACUUUUUCUCAUAAA